AUGGAUGGCGUAUACCACUUCUUCCCUCCCGGUCCUGAAGGCCCCGAUGGCAACCACGCAGGGGGUCUCACACCUUCGGAUAGCGGCGACAGCCUCAAUAAUGGCAUCUCUACGUGGUCUGCUCAGUCUUCCAAUAUCCUGGCGCGCUUGAAGAACAGGGUGGCCACCACAGGACUUGGGAGCCUCUUCUCUAACUCUAACUCUGGAUACCAGGCUGUCCAGCGCGGUGCACUCGAAUUUGGGCCGGACCUCGAUUCUCAGAUUGUAACCUUGGCUCCCGCGGAUUGCGCCGCCGCCGGUACUCAACUGCAAGAGUCCCAGUCUCUCUCGCCGUCGACGACGCUCGCUGGCUCUCUCCACGCCAAGUCGGUAUCCUCGGACUCGCGCUCUUCGCUCUCGACUUGCUACUCCGAACAGACCUGUAUAUCUGUGCCCGACUCUCAGUCUCAGGUGCACCAGCGCACGUUCACGUGGUUUACCGAGGACGAGUGCCGCGACGAGCGCCUCGAGGAGAUCAAGCGGGGCAAGCAGCCCGCGAAGCCCAUCGACUAUGAUACUCUUCUGGCGGAUAUCACCAACGACCGGCUUGGGCUCCAAGAAUCCCAUACUCCAGCUGCAGUAGAAGACGACAUUGGCGAGUGGGUCGGUCUGGAAUAUACGCUCGAGUUGAGCAGGCGCGACCGCCGGCCCUCCGAGCUACACACGCCCACCCCGGGCGAGCAUUCCAAGAGCCGCGAGUCCUGGGCUGCAAUACGCAAAGGCGCCGUCGACCCGCUCCGCGCGGAGGAAGAUUACCUGCAGUGGGUAUCCUGGCGCCGGACGCUCGACGCACAGCAGUUCGACCGGCGCUCGCGCGAGCGCGCGCUGCUCUACCUCGACGAGCGGCGGAUCCGCGACUGGCUCGCCUCGCACCGCGCGGGCGUUGCUAGCCCCCGGGAUAUGAAGCUCCUCCGCGACAAUCUCGCUUCCAUUACCGAUCGCCGUCCAGACCCGUAUAUACCUGCCAGGAAGCACACCCUCGCCUGGAGAUUGAAGAGGUCCAGGUCCUGCGGCUGCCUGCGGGAGCUACGACGCGACUAA